GACACAGGUAGGUAGUCAGGGGUGAGAGAGGGACUAAAGCCCCACCCAUCAUAGCAAGAAGGACUAUAAAGACAGGCUGAUCCAGUGCUAGCUGGACACAGACAUAAGCUCUGCUUGUCUCCAUUGCUCAAGAUGAGGACUUACCUGCUUUGGCUAUUGCCCCUGAUUCUGCUGGGAUCCUCAGCUCAGGCGCUGCAGUGUCAUGAGUGCAGUGCAGAAGGGAAUUGCUACAGGCCUACAUCUUGCAAUGACAUGACCCGCUAUUGCUUGACCAGCUGGUACACACCCCCAGGCCAGCCAAUGAAUGUGAUAAAAACAUGUGGGUACACCUGUCCCGACGUCAAUCAAAACCAGACCUACACCAAGAGCUCCUGCUGCAACACAGACCUCUGCAACAGUACCAUGAGCCUCCAUGCCAGCUGGGGGCUGCUGACUCUCAGUAUAUGGUAUAUCUAUCUCAGCCAAUAG